UUAAAACAAAGCCAAGAAAUACCCUGAUGACCCAUCUUAUCGUUAAGCUUAAGUGAUGCGAUGCAAUACUUGGGAACCCUUAUAUCACAUCGGUGCUAACUUCCAAGGCUCCAUGACGUAACGUGUGAAAGUAGGUGAGUCUCGGCCCCUACUUGCCAUCAGAAAUUAGUUAGUAGUGAGUUACUUAAUCACUGCAGACGUAAGUUUACACUAAAAGCAGUGUCUUAACAAGAAUGCAUUCAACACUAUUAUUACUGUCGAUAUACACAAUAGGAACGCUUGCUACUCCAGUAGAUUAUCCUAUUAAAGUCGAUCUUCCAGUAUAUGAAGAUCCGGACGCAUUUAAAGGGCCUUCUGAUGUUCAUCUAGCUGAACCCCUAUUACCCGAAAAUCAUCCUGGAGUUGACACGCUACACAAUAAUAAACCUAAUUUAGUGGAUCAUAAAAUAGGAGCGGCAAACGAUAUACUCAAUUACAAAACCCGAUUGGGAUAUGGAACUAAGAUUGAUGGUGCAUUGCUGGAAUCUGAAGGAUUCGGAAGUAAAGUGCUUUCUGUCAACGAAGGCGUUCAGCAUGUUGCCGCUGGUAUUUUACAGCCGAAGCCGAUAGUGGAUACAAUACGGGAAGAGGAGAAGUACGGAAAUACAGGUGAUAAAUUUUAUAACACUGGUCGAGCCAUUGUCGGCGGUGCGGAGCGGAUAUCGACCUUCAUCAAUUCAUUGAUUGCGAUACCAGGAUCUCUGUUGAACACUAUAACUCGAUCCGCAUCCGAAAAACUGAAUCAAUUUGGUGGAAAACUUGUUGGUUUAUAGAUAAAUAUUUGUUAGAAUCUAAUUAAAAACUUUUAAUUAGUUAUUUAAUAAUUCAUUGUGAUUUGUUAUGUUACUUACGCACUUUAACUUAAGAUAUUUUUCUUAUAGCGGAAAUGCAAUGAAGCGAUCAUAAAUAAAAAUCUAAUCUUAAUUAAAUGAUAAAUUGUAUUUAUAGUAAUACCCGAUUUUUAUCUCGCAAUUAUUUUCAAUAAUUUUGUGAAAGUUGCAAUGAAUGACGAAAUAUAUAAUAUGAUACAAGGUUUCGUAAAUAAAAAUCGCGCUUCGAAGUAUAGAAGUGUCUAAAUAAAGCGACAAUACCCGUAACUGCAUAGUUAAAGUGUGCUUAAAUAAUAAAAACACAAAAACAACAAAAUAAUCCAUCAGUACCUAACGGUUUCCUGAAUUUCUUUUAUGUUUACUUAGCUCAACUGCAUACUUCUUUCGUUUUGAAUUUCGCGGUUUUGCUGAGUUCACUCUUAAAUGAUAAGAACCCACGAAAAUCACCGCGAGCAUAGUUCUACCAGAACUACAUGGCCAAUAGGGAAAUAAAAAUUUGUUGUGGGCAAUACUGCGGAAAUUGGAUUAAAUGAUCUUGAUACUGUUUAA